ACUCUGAAUUCAGUUGCAUUGUAGACGUCGCGACGGCAGCACACGCGUCGCUCCCCCACAGAGAUACUCUUUAAAGUACACAGUAGAAUCACGCAGAGAACGCACAUAUAGAGUAUACAGAUCGGGAAAAACGACUACAAAAUACAAAACAAACGCGACACUCGCAGCGCGAAAGAAAAAUAAAAAACAAGUGUUUCAAAUGUUUCUAAGAUAAAAACCCAAGGCCCUUGCCCAAAUGGCCGCCACACGUGUGUGCUCUAUAAGAAAUCAAAAAUAGCAAAACCCAGAAGAACCCACUCAAAAUCCAGGUCCAAAACUAUCCGAAUCAAAGUAGAGCAAAAGUGUUACAACAAGCAUUCCAAAUGUUGUCCUGUUUGGCGCCGUCGUCUUCACGUUUCGGCCAAGAGGAUACCAUCAUUCAGCAGAGCAUGCCAUCCACCACCGCCUUCACCAUGCAGUUUCCCUCGCUGGCCUCCACUUUGCUCCACCACAACCAGUCGCCGAAGCACAGCAAUCCGGGAUCCACUGGGAUCCAGGAUGCCCAUCCCAACCAGCCAGGUGCGGCUGCAGAUGCCUUUUUGGUCAAGUGCACCCAGUGCCACAAGCGAUUCACAGAGUUUCAGUCCCUCAGCGAGCACAUUGCCAGUGAGCAUCCCCACGACAAGCUGAACUGCGGAGCUGCUCAGCCGGAAAGCGAUGCCGAGGAUGAGCAGAGCAACAUAAGCGGUAGCAGUAGGCGGUACACCAAGUCUCCGGUGACCAGCAGCAACAACAACAACAACAUUGGCAACAGCAACAACCAGUCGAGCAACAACAACAACAGCGAGCUGGCCAAGAACCACAAUAAUACCAAUAAAAUGUCGCCCAUGUGCUCACCUGGAUCGCUGACCCCUGGCGACCUGUUCGCCCAGCUGCAACACCCGCCGCCCCAGUUGCCACCCCACCUGCACGCCCAGUUCAUGGCCGCCGCCGCCUCCCUGGCCAUGCAAUCCGCCCGAUCCGCCAGUUCGCCCAACCAGCAACACCAGCAGCAACAGCAGCAGCAACAGCAACUGCAACAGCAGCAACACCAGCAGCUGCAACACCAACAGAUGGCCAUGCAGCAACUGCUGCCACCGCAACUGCCGCCCGGCAGCAACAGCAGUGUGGGCAGCAACUCCGCCUACGACCUGGAUCUCAGUGCCCCACGGUCCACCUCGAGUCCGGGCUCCACCACCGGGGAUCUGAGUGGGUCCUAUCCCUGCAUGCAGUGCACCGCCUCCUUCGCCAGUCGCGAGCAACUCGAGCAGCACGAGCAACUCCACUCGCCCUGCGGACAGGCGGCGGUCCCCAAUGUCUCUCAGACCUGCCGGAUCUGCCACAAGGCCUUCGCGAAUGUGUACCGCCUCCAGAGGCACAUGAUCAGUCACGAUGAGAGCGCGCUCCUGCGGAAGUUCAAGUGCAAGGAGUGCGACAAGGCCUUCAAGUUCAAGCACCACCUAAAGGAGCACGUGCGGAUCCACUCCGGCGAGAAGCCGUUUGGCUGCGACAACUGCGGCAAGCGGUUCUCGCACUCGGGCAGCUUCUCCUCGCACAUGACUUCCAAGAAGUGCAUCAGCAUGGGCCUGAAGCUGAACAACAAUCGUGCUUUGCUGAAGCGGCUGGAGAAGAGUCCCGGCUCGGGGUCGUCGGGAUCCCGCCGUUCGCCCUCCGAUCACGGCAACGGAAAGCUGCCGGAGCAGCCUUCGCUGCCGGGAUUGCCCAAUCCCAUGAUCUAUUUUGCCAGCGAUGCCCAGGGUCAAGGUGGAAAUGCGCCACCUGCGCUCUUCCCACCUUUCCACCCCACGAACUACAUAAACGCUGCCCUCAUGUCCUUCCCCAACAACUUUAUUGCAGCAGCAGCCGGCCUGGACCCUCGGGUUCAUCCCUACAGCAUCCAGAGAUUGCUGCAACUCUCGGCAGCUGGUCACCAGCAGCAGAGGGAGGAGGAGCGAGAGGAGCAGCAGCAGCAGCAGCAGGAGGAGGAGGAGACCCCCGAUGAGCCCAAGCUGGUGAUGGACAUCGAUGAGCCGGAGGCCAAAGAAAUGGUUCCCACGCCAGGUGCCGCGGAGGAAGACACAUCCAUCAAGCGGGAGGAGAUUAGGGAAGCCUCUCCCGCUCCAGAGAGCUAUCUGCCUUCCUCCCAGGCCAUCAAACAGGAGCAGGAGCCCGUGAAUGUCACAGAAGAACCUCAAAUCAACCUGGAAGAACCCCCCCAGGCAGAGCAACCCGCUGAUCUGCGCUGCAGUCGCUGCUCCAAGCAGUUCAAUCAUCCCACAGAGCUGGUGCAACACGAGAAGGUCCUCUGUGGUUUGAUCAAGGAGGAGUUGGAGCAACAUUUCCAGCAGCAGCAGCAGGCAAACUCUUUCGCCUUGGCCUCCGCCAGCGAAGAAGACGACGAGGACGAGGAGAUGGAAGAGGAACCCAGGCAGGAGAGUGGCGAGCGCAAGGUCCGUGUGCGUACGGCCAUUAACGAGGAGCAGCAGCAGCAGUUGAAGCAGCACUACUCCCUCAACUCACGACCCAGUCGCGAUGAGUUCCGAAUGAUCGCUGCCCGCCUGCAGCUAGAUCCACGGGUGGUUCAAGUCUGGUUCCAAAACAAUCGCUCCAGGGAGCGCAAAAUGCAAAGCUUCCAGAGCAACCAAGGCGCCACACCAUCGGCGGCCAAUGAGUCGCAGACGUCGUUAACCCGUGAGGAUCAGCCUCUGGAUUUGUCCGUGAAGAGAGAUCCCCUCACACCCAAAAGUGAGAGCUCGCCUCCGUACAUAGCUCCUCCGUCGGGAGAUGCCCUAAAUCCAGAAGCCAUUAACUUGAGCAGGAAGUUCUCCACAUCGGCAUCGAUGUCACCAGCCUCGAUUUCACCCUCAUCCGCGGCAGCCUUGUAUUUUGGAGCUGCCCCGCCGCCUUCGCCGCCGAACAGUCAACUGGAUGCCACUCCUCGGAGCGGCCAGCCCUUCCCGGGAUUGAACCCCUACAUGCUGCCCAUGCCGCUGCCCAUGGAGGCGCUGUUCAAAAUGCGUCCGGGUGGCGAGUACGCUCCGAACCAUCCCCUGAUGAACAGUAUUAAGCUGCCCGACUACCGGGGAACCAGUCUGAGUCCCGGAGGAUCGGAGAAGCGAUCGUGGCGGGACGACGACUCGCGCAUCUCGCACGAGGAUGAGUUCGGGGGCGGUGUGCUGAUGCCGCCGAAGCCCAGGCGCGGCAAGGCGGAGACCCACGGGCACGCAGGUGAUCCCGACCUGCCCUACGUGUGCGAUCAGUGCGAAAAGGCCUUCGCCAAGCAGAGUUCGCUGGCGCGACACAAAUACGAGCAUUCCGGUCAACGACCCUACCAGUGCAUGGACUGCCCGAAGGCCUUCAAGCACAAGCACCACCUCACGGAGCACAAGCGUCUGCACAGCGGCGAGAAGCCCUUCCAGUGCUCCAAGUGCCUGAAGCGAUUCUCGCACUCGGGCAGCUACAGCCAGCACAUGAACCACCGGUACUCCUACUGCAAGCCCUACAGGGAAUAGGUAAGCGACACCUCAGUGCCGCCCACCUGCCAACCAGGAGCCAAUCCCCCCGUUCCGCCCUCGACGGCGGCGCCCAGCAAUCGUGGACGUCGUCGUGGAGUUCAUGUUCCGGCGGGGAAUCCCCAGUAUCCGCCGCACCAUCAGCAUCCCCACUCGCAUCCGCACCUGGCGGCCAUGGCUGCCUUUCAGCAGCAGCAACAGCAUCACAGACUCUCCUGGAACGGAGCUGGUGUGAUGCUUCCACCGCCACCCAAUCAUCAGUCACAUCGUCCGCCGGCUCCACAUCCGCCGCCAUUGCUAUCUGGAUCCGGAUUCGGUCAGCCGCCGACGGCGCAGUUCUUUCACCACCACGCGGGAUUGCUGCCUCCGCCGCCGCCGCCCCCGCCGCAGACCACGCCCACGUCUACGCCCGCCUUCGACUUCUUCAAUGCCAAAAUGUUUCCAAACUAAGCUAGGAAAGCUAAGCCAGCACUUACAGGCUGUACUUAAACCAACAGACGAACAGAAAAUCUCAAAAUGUGCAGGAACACACACUGAAAAACAACACCCCCCAAGAAAUGCACUUUAGACAGAGUCAGAGUCGAAAAAGAAAGCAAGAGAUAUUUUUUAUAGCCAUAUAGCCAGGAAAAUGAGAAGCCGUAGUUGAAAAACCUUUCGUUUGAGCGAAUUUAUUAUUUUACAAUGUUAAAACCGCUUUGUUUUUAGUAUUUUAUUCAUUUACCUUACCGCCUAAGUUGGAGAUAAGGGCUAAAUAUUUUUGUUUGGCCCCUUGACUCGUUUAAAGAUAUCGUUUUAUCUAUUUUUUUACGCAUUAAUGUUUUAGUUCUUAGUUUUAGGAGCUGGAGAAACCAGUACCAAGUGCUGCAGAAUACUCAAAACACUCAAAUCGUUACGAGCCCACUCCUGAAUGGAAUAAAUGUAUAUUUUCUACGAUAAUGUAUUCUUUUAAGCUGUAACUUUUAGUUUUCGGUUAAGCCAGGCUGGGUUGACAUUGCAGACCAGCUCAAAGGGAAUUUUCCACCCAACAACCUCCGGACCAAACAGGAAAGCAAAGAAAAUGAGAGAAAAUACAAGCAGACAAUACCGAAGCAAAACCAGAUACAAAAGUAUUAAGCAGCGAAACUGUAUUAAAAGCCACCACAUUUUAAAGUCCACGCCCACACCAGCACCCGCCCCCAUUUCGUAUGUAGUUUAUGUUAAAUGGAAAACCCACCGCUUGCCGCGCGUUUCAAGCCCUCUUACUUAAGGAAAACUACCCAAAAUCUUUCUCAAACUACGCUUUAAAUUUCCCCUCUUUGAAAUCAAUCGCGAAAUGAGCACAAACACCUACAAGAUCAUUCCAUUUGGCCAGAGCCGCGCCCCAGCAAAAGGUGCAACUCAUGCAUUUAAGGCCUCCGGCUGCCGCUUGCCACUCGACAACCCACUAAAUCUAAAAUCUAAACCUAAUGCUAAACUAAACUAAUGCUAACUAAUAUUUAAUAUAUACGAAACGAAAACAAACACUUAAUUUGGCCUUAUUAAAGAUUAUUUAACGAUUAAAGAACGUUUCAGAAUAUUCAAAGGAAAAACUAGCAUGUAAAAACGAAAAGAAAUCAUUUGGAAAAGUCUCGCGAAAAAUCUAUUAGCAAAAUUCCAUGUGCGUAUUAAAUGUAAAAAUCAAAAGAGUUAAAGCCAAAGCCCCUAUUAACUAUCGAAAUGUUUGCCAUGACAAUAAAUUUAUGACUAAAUAAUUGAUAAUGCUUUCGAUUCCUGCGCUAGCCCAAAAACCCAAUGAAUCAAGUCGACUUUCAAUUAUAAUCGUUUCUUACUCAGCCACAAACUAUGAUUAGUUAAAAAUCAAACAAGGUUUCCAGAACAACGAAUAUUUCUUUUUAUGAUGUUUAGCCUGUCCAAGGAAUUUUCGCCCAUGAUUUUCUUGCUUUUCCAGACACAAAAAAACGAGAGAAACCACUCACAAAAAAAUGCAUUUAAUACUUAAUUAAUUUUUAUAUAUUUGUAUUUUUAACGAAGAGGAGAAGGGAUCGCUUGCUCGAUCACCAGUAUAUAUGUGUAAAUACAUAUAUUUUUUGUAAAUUAUUUCGCAAGAACAAAGCUAGAGAAUCCAAAACCAAAACAAACGCAAACUGUUAUACUCGAGUUGAAAUACUUCGGAAUUCAAGUACAGCCAGCACACGUUAGCAUAAAUUUAACAAUAAUUACUAUUACAACCGUAAAUACUUAGCCUAGUUAAAAGAAAAAACCCUUAACAACAACAGAAUGUUAACUUAAACACUAAAAAAAGAGAAACUUAUUUUUAAGCGCAAAUACUAUGUGGUUUGUGAUGGAUAUUUGCACUCUAGGGCCUUAUAUGAGAUACACACUACACUACACAACACCCACGUACAUAAACAUAAACAAUUGUUAGUUAUUUAAAUACGAUACACACACUUAAUUGGAGGACGAUCGUUUUAAUGUGUUCCAAACUCCAGACUCCGAACUCCAACUUUUCUACUGUCCUACUCCCAACUCUCUGUUAAAGUUGUUCACCUCACUCUAUGUGUAAAUAUGCGGAGCACUUGUAUUAUUUGUUUUAUUUCUUAUGUCCAACAAUAGCGAUCCUAAGUUAAGAACCUCGUUGAAACGGCAUCAAAUGUUCAUUUUAUUGCUCGACAGAGAACCCAAAAAUACCGCUAAAACAUCCGAAACAAGUAACCUAAACUAUUGAGAGACGAAUGAGAACGAUUCAAAGUAACUUAUAUUUCAAAUAUUACGCAUAAAUGUAUUUUAAUCAAAGUAAGCCAAACGAUUCAAUGGAUAAAAACGCAUUCAUAUAAAUGAAUAAAACCUUUUUGUCUUGAUAAAUUUACAAAACAAUUAUUAUAAUUAUUAAAUUUACAAUGUGAAAAUAAUAAAAAAAAGAAUUAUUAAAAUUUAAA